AUGAAAAGUAUAUACUUUAUAUUUAUUUUAUUAAUAGUAAUAGUAAAUAGUAUAGUAAAAUCUCAAGAGAUAUUAAAUUAUUAUAUAAAUAAUAAUAAUAAUAAUAAUAAUAAUAAUAAUAAUAAUAAUAAUAAUAAUAAUAAUAAUAAUAAUAAUAAUAAUAAUAAUAAUAGUAGUGAUGGUGGUAAUGGUACAAUUACAAAUCCAUACCAAAGUUUAUGUCAAUUAAAUAAUAACUUAAAUAAAAAUUAUUCGCCUAUUAUAAUUAAUAUUGCAUUUGGUUUUUAUAAUUCUACAAAUUGUACAAUAGAAAUUAAUAAUAUUAAUGAAAUUAAAAUAAUUCCAUAUAAUGAUAAUAAUAAUAUUAAUAAUUAUAAAAAUGUAAUAAUAGAAAAUAUUAAAUUAAUAAUUAAUAAUUCAAAUUUAAAUAUAAAUGAAAUAAUAAUUACAUUUUCAUUUAAUUAUUUUAAACCAUUAUAUAUUUGUAAUGGUAGUAAUGUUAAUUUUAAUAAUGUUGAAAUAAGUUCACCACCAUCAUCACAAUCACUAUCACAACCACCAUUACCAUUAUUAUUAUUAUCAACCAUAAAAUCAUCAUUUAUGUUAAUAAAUAUUAUUGAUUCAAAUUUUAUACUUUUAAAUCAAUCAAAAUUAAUAAAUAAUGGUGAAGUUGAUUUAAUAAAUUCAAAAUUAAUUUUAAAUGAAAAUUCAAUAUUGGAUGGUUUAUUUAUUAAUGGUAGAGAUAAUAGUUUAACAAUUAUUGAAAAUUCUGAAAUUAUUGAUCCAAAUUUUUAUUUUGAAUCAAGUGAAUUGUUUAUAAAUAAUUCAAAGAUUUCAAUUAAAAAUACAAUUUAUGAAUUCUUUGGAUUAAAUUAUUUUUAUUGUUUUAAAAUUUCAACAUCAAUUUUUAAAAUGGAAAAUACAAUUAUUAAAUCAUCAAUUUAUUCUGGUAAUGUAAUUCUAGUUGGUACUCAAGGUUCUCAAUCUACAAAUGUAACAUUAAACAAUAUCAUUUUAACAGGUUUAAAAAGUUUUCAAUCAAUUUUUAAAUUUACACUUGGUACUUUUAAUAUUAAUAAAAUUACAUUUGAAAAUUGUAUAUCAUCAUGUUUAUUUUAUAUUGAUUUAAUAAUUGGUGAAACUUUAUUAUCAAUUAAUAAUAUAAAUUUAAUUGGUAAUAAAAAUAUAAAAUUCAUUGAAAUUUUAAAUCAAUCACCAUUCUCACCACCAUUAUUAAAUAUUACAAUUUCAAAUUUAAUUACAACUUGUGAUAAUACGUACCAAAAUUUUAUUACAACAAUUGAAAAUAAUAAUAGUAAUAAUAAUAAUAGUAGUAAUAAUAAUAAUAUUAAUUUAAAUAUUAUAAAUUCAAAAUUAAAUUGUAUUGGUGAAAGUUGGUUUAGGAAUUGUUUAAUUUCAUUUGAAAAUUUAAUUAUUGAAACUAGUUUUAAAAAUAAUUUAUUUAAUUUUAAUAAUAAUUGUAAUGUAAUAAUUAAAUCAAGUAUAUUUAAAACAAGUAAUUAUCCAAAUGGUGAUGGAUUUUUAUUUUCAAUUGAUAAUUCAAUAGUUGAUAUUGGUAAUUGUACAAUUAAUAAUUGUGAAUCACCAUUUUUACAAUCAAAAUUAUCAAAUCUAACAAUUAAUUCCUGCAAUUUUACAAAAUCAAUUUCUAUUGAAAAUUCAUUACUUUAUUCAAUUUCAUCUAUGAUGUUAAUUAAAAAUUGUAAUUUCAAUCAAUUGAAUUAUCCAAUUUUAAUUCAUUCAAAAAAUUCAAAUAUUUCUAUAAUUAAUUCAAAUAUAUUAAAAUCAUCAUUUGGUAGAUUACAUUUAGCAUUAAUAGAAUAUUCAAAUAUAAUUUUUAGUGAAUUUAAUAUGACAGAAUGUUUCUCUUCAAAUAGUUUACUUUAUUUUAGUUUAGAUAAUACUACAAGUACUAAAAAUUUAAAUUAUAAUUUUUUAAUUGAAAAUUCAACAUUUUUAAAAAAUUAUGAUAUGCAAAGUUUAGAUGUUAGUUUAAUUUAUAGUAAAUAUAUGAAUGGAAAUAUUAUUAAUAGUAAAUUCAUUGGGAAUUCAUUUAGUCCAUUAAUUAAAUCAACUCAAUCAACAUUAUUAAUUAAAAAUGUAACUUAUUCAAAUAAUAGUGGUUCUUUUCAUUAUGGAAGUAAUGAUUAUUAUAUUGAGGUUAAUGGUUUCACAUUAAAUAAUAGUAGAAUUCAAUUAGAUUAUCUUUUUGCAUUUGAAAAUUAUUUUAAUGUUUUUUUUAAAGAUAUAUUCAUCAUUAAUAAUUAUCUUAGUCAAUAUUUAUUCAUUUUUAAUGGUUAUAUGUAUAAUAGUAUAACUUUUAAUAACUUAUUAUAUAUUGAUAAUUUAAUUGUAAAUAUAAAUGGUACUUCAAGAAUUCCAUUUAAUAGUAUAAUCAAUUCGUCAUCUUUAUCAACCACAUCACAAUUUAUAUUUAUAAAUAGUGGCUCAAUAUCAUUUAAUUCAUCAAAUAUUAUAAAUAAUUUAUUACUUUCUUCAAUGAUAAGUAUUGAAAAUUCAAUAUUAUCAUUUUCAGAAUGUAAUUUAUCAUUAAAUAAAUUUCAAGAUGUAAAUUCUUCAAAAUUAUUAGACUCUUUUAAAUCAUUAAUUAUUUUUGAAAAUAGUACAAUAAAUUCAAAUAUUGGUUCAUCAGGUAAUGACGAAGGAGUUUUAGUUGGUAAAUUACCAGGUUUAAUAAAUUUAUUAAAUUCAGGAAUAAAGAUAUCAUUUUGUAAAUUUAAAUAUAAUAUAUUCCCAUUAGAUAGAGGUUCUAUUAUUAGUUAUUUUUCAAAUAGUUAUUUUGAUAAUUAUCAAUUCAAUGUAUUUUCAUCAGAAUUCUCUUCAAAUGUUGCAGAUAUAGGUGGUGUUUUUUAUUUUUCAAGUAAUUUAUUUGAUAGUGUUACACCAUAUAAUCGUUAUAAUAUUGAAUAUAAUAAUUUUUCAAAUAAUUUUGCAAAAACUGCUGGUGGUGUAAUUUGGAGUGAUGAUUUAUUAUUUACAACGCAAUUAAAUCCUUUUAUUUUAUCUGUAAACAAAUUUUAUAAUAAUUCUUGUAUUUUUGGUGAAAAUAAUUUAUCAAUUAGUAUUGAUGAAAUUAUAGAAUAUAUAUUUUUAGUUAAAAAUUAUUUUGGUGAAAUAGCAACUCAAGUAUUUGGUAAAUUUAAUACAUCAAUUAAAAUUAAAACUAAUGAAACAAUUUUAAUUAAUGAAACAUUUAUAACAUCAACAAUUUAUUCUGGUAAAGGUACAUUUCAAUAUAGACUUUAUGGUAAAGAUUUAGUUUAUACAGUAACAAUAUUAGAUUUAAAACCACAAUUAUCAAUGGAUAUAAAAAUAAAAAAUUGUUCACCAUUUAAAUAUUUUGAUGGUAAUUCAAUGAAUUGUAUUUAUUGUCCAAUUGGAUACUCAUUAAGUGAUGAAAAAUCAAAUUCAUGUGUAAAAUGUAAUAGUGAAAUUGUAACUUGUCAAUAUGGUCAAGUGUUUUCAAAUGAAAAUUAUUAUAUGGUUGAUAAUAGUCCUUUAAAAGUUUAUUCAUGUGCUAAUGAUAUGUGUAAUGGGAAUAACACAUGUAUUGGUGAUAAUAAUAUUGGUGAUUUAUGUUACUAUUGUACAAAUUAUCAUGAAAGUACUUCAAUACAAGCUUCAAAGAAUGAUUUAACAAUAUGGUUGUUAAAUAAAUUUUUAAAAAAAAGAAUUAUAAAUUUACCAAAAUCAAUUAGAAUUAUUUUAAAAAGAAAUAAUAAUAUUAAUAAUAAUGAUAUAGUUUAUAAAAUUAAAUGUUUAUGGUCACUAUUUCAAUUAUUAUUUAUACCAAUAAUGUUUAAUUCAAUAUCAUUAUUAGUUAAUAAAGUUGUAAAUAAUGAAAAUUUAUUAAUAAUAGAUUUUACAAUUAAAUACUUUGGUGAUUGUUAUUAUCAAAUCAUUAUUAUUUAA